AGACAGCCAGGAACCAGGCCUACCUUGUCAUCAAUGGAAGCAGGGUCGAUCCAUUCGAGACGAAAAGGGGCUAUCGGUUGCCCGUUUAAAAGGUUUUAGUCGGUUUUUAAAGGGUUUUAUAAAUAUUCCAUGCGGUUUUGUUAUAAGGGAUUGUUCCGGAACUGAUUAUUGUCAUAUUUGUAGUGUUUUAUUGCGGUUUUACGCAGUUAGAUGGUGUUCAGUGAUCUAGGAGUGUUCCCUUGUAGUAAUAAUAAGAUCGACCCGCUGUGAUAGUGGAGAUCAGCUGAACUAUAGCUUUCCGUACAUUGUACAAAUCAGUAGUAGUAAGAACCCGGUAAAGAAUAGUUCGUGGCCUAAGACAAUCUAUUUAUGGCAGCAUAAAAAAAAAUCUAAAUUUUUCAAAUUUUCAUUUUCGGGCAAUUACGGUGUUCUUGAAAAUUUCCGUCCCGGCUUAAAAAAUUUAAUUUACAUUAAAAAAAAAUAAAUAAUAGAAAAUCGUCUUCAAAGUGGCGAACCAGUCGGGAAACAAUAGAAAAAAAGACAUGCUUAAAUUUCUUACGCACAAAUUAAAAACUCAGUCCAUUAACGAAGAAAACUACAAUCAAAAGGGCGGUGAAGAUCAUGACUCCGGAACUGAAAGCGAUGAGGAUCUUGACCCCAUGGAACUACAAUCGCCUGUUGUUUCAGAGAGGAUGUGCAGCGUUUCCCCUGCAGACACGGGUUGCUCCAUGGAAAGCCCAGCGCCGGAUCCGCACGACCCUCAUUCUUCAGAAGAAGAACUGGAAGUGAUAAAUAGCAAUCCAAAAUGCGAACGAACCACCCCUAUGCCCCUGAGGGCGGCUUCUGUAUGCCUGCCUGAAAAAAGAAAAUGGUCGCAAAUUGGGGAUUAUAAUAGAUAUAGGCCAGAAAACGAAGAAAACAUGUCACACUAUAGUAACCUGAGUCCGCCAUCUUCAUGUUCGCCAUAUCUGAGAAGUUAUGGUGAAGAUGGUCAUGUGAUAGAACAUUCCGGAUCUUCUGAUGAUGAGGUCCAUAAUCUAUUAGCUAGUAGGGCAACCCCAGUGAGAUUCCGAACCUCCCCGCCAAUCGAGGCUGUGAAACCGGGCAGAAGGAUUGUGGGAGCCCUCAAAGGGAGUCUCACUCCUCCUAAACUAGUACAUUACGAAGUCUCGCCAAGAAAAAGAUCUAAGCACGGCAAACAUUCGCAUCUGCAAAGGCCAUAUUUGGAUUUCGAAAAAAUGCAACAGUUAAAAGCUCGUUCAGUGACCGCCUGGCGUCCAGGAGGCGAACACACCGGCGAACUGUCAGUUUUUUGCUGGUGAAACGGGCUUAGGGGGCUCGAGCCAGCACAGCCCCUGGACCCGAAACUACUAACCCCGCGGCCCCUCAGCCUUCCAUCGGAAUGGCCGGCCAGCUCAAUAAUUCCACCCGAACGAUUCGUUUUCGAGCCGAACGCAGCUUGCAGUAGCCGGAGUUGUACGAUAACGUCAGCAGAACAAGCGGAAAUUGACGAAGAGUCCGCGACGACGUUUGCGCAAGAAUCUCUAGUAGUAACCAAAAAUAGUGAUGACGAUGUGGACCAACUAAGUAACGAAAUGCUCGAUUGCGAACCUGGUCAAUGAUGAUGGAGAAGAUGUUUUUUUUUUAGUUUAUUUGUAGAUGUUGCUGGAAAAUUAUUCAAAGUUUCCGUCUAAAUGUAACUUUUUAUAAAAUAAGAAGUUGAACAUUUUGCCAUUCAAACCCAUUAAUUAAUAGGUAUUUCUUGUGCCCAUAACUCAAUAACCAGUUUCGAAGAUGAUUAGUUUCCUUGAUAACUUUGAUAGAUUUGUUCUCGCAGGUCCAAGAAAAAAGUUUCUGAACUGUUUUUACAAGUGAAAAAUCUGAUAUUCUUAUUCAGGUACAAAUAAAGACUUGAAUUAGGUUUACUAGAGAAACGCGCCAGGUCGAAAAAUCAAAAUUAUAAAGAAGAAAACAUUUUCCCAUUUAUACAAGUAAAAAAAAUAUAAAUCAGACUUGUGUAUUAAAAUUGGUCAAGAAUUUGGAGGUUCGGUGUGAGAACAAAUCGUACGGUGUGGAAGUUGACCAGUUGGAGCCAUAAUAAAUUGCAGAUUUAAAUAUUAUUAGUUUAAGUAGAUACCUUUCUCAAUUUUCAAGCUUGGACAAAAAAUCUACAUUUUUGUACAGGGUGUGUCCAUUUCAGUCACAACAACUAUGCAUUGAUAUAUGACAAAUUUCAAAGGAAUUUUGAAUCCAUCCUUUGACUUACCACUUGGUGAACUGAUUUUUCAAACUGAUGACUCGUCAAGUCCCGCUUCGUUAGAAAUCCCAGCUUUAGAGCAAUCUUAAGAAAAUUUUGUCCCAGCCUUAUAUAGAUCUUGACCAGGUACCUUAUUGUUCCAAUUCUCUGAUUUCUGGGUGUGUAGCUGGCUUUAAUCAGUUUAUUAGGUAAACUGAUAAAGUUGGCUACUUCUGGGUUCCAUGUCGUUGCUGAGAAGAAUAAUGGAUUUUUCGUUCGCAUUAAGCUAUUCAAACUUACAAAAGUGUCGAUUUAUUUAAAAAUCAAUUGAAAUGGACACCCUGUACAAUAAAAUAAUUCCUCAAUUUCCAGUGGCUAUCUAUUUCUACAUUUUUUUGUUUAUAUUUUUGUGAUAUAACUCUAGAUACAUCUGAAUCUAAAAAUUAAAAAAAAAAAAAAUGGUGUGCGUAGUAUUUUUCUAGAAGCUUUUUCAAUUAACCAUGUAUUUUUAACUCACAGUGGCGUACAAAAACUAUAAUAAAUCAACCAGUACAUUUUUAAUAUAAUAAAUCUGCUGGCAAAUUUCGGAAAUGUGCUUUGUUGAUUUCGUGAUAAACCGGAAUAUUAGUCAAUUAUGAUUUUUUUUUAAUAAUAAUGUCAUAUCAAUGUGUUUUUAGACUGAAUAUGCGCCACUGUAGUUUAUAUUAAAGUACAAAGCUUGAAAUAAAGGUGAAUUUUUACAUUUUGCUUUUACAAUUAAGUUUUUGACAAAUCAAAAACGAAUUUUUUCAAAUACCAAGCACAAUGUAAAUUAAACCAUAAUAAAAAUAUUGUUAAAAUAUUUAAAAAAAAAAAGUAACACGAACAAAUGUGUUGUAGAACUGAUAUGUGUAGCUGUUAGAGUAAAAAAUAAUGGAAAAAUGACCAGGAAUGUUUAUUAAAAAAGAAAAAUUAUUAUUAAUGAAUAAUAGAGGUGCUAAAUUCAAAAUUGAAUCCAAAGGGGCAUAAAUCAUAUUAUAUAUUUCCCUAAAAUGAAGGACACAUUGUUUUGAUGCUAUCCCUGUAGCAGCCUGUAGUACGCUUACCUGAUAUCAACUGCCGGGCCCUGCGCCAAGGGUUACUAUCCCGACUCAAGAGUAAAAAUAAAACUUGUGGUCAAUUUCAAGUGGGAAUAACAUUAGAACAAAUUGGUGUCCAAUCAAAUGUAAAUAUAUUAUAUAAGGUCAUCUAAAAAAAAAAAAAUGUUUGUGAUUGGAUUUUGAUAAAAUAUAUGGCAAUUUCAUAAGACUGGCAAUUUUUUUGUUUUUUUUUGGUUUGGUAAUUUGCCUAAUAUUUUAUCAAAAAAAAUUAUCAGUGGCUUUUGCAUUAAAUCUUAUGUAGACGACACUGUAAUAUUGAUAUUCGAUGUAAGAGUUUUGUAUAAUCUUUGUAGCGUUAGUUACUCAAGGGAUAAAGUUGUAAUUUGAUCUCGAUACUGAAGUAAAAAUUUUAGUUUUUAAGUUUUUUUUUGACGAACAUUGAAUGUGUAAAGAAUUUGUACAUGAACUUAAAACUAUAAUUAAAACUCGUAGGUGGAAGAAUAAGAGCGUUUAUGAACCAAAGAGAAAUAACAAUUUUUCUUUCCUAUUGGUUGUGUCACAAAAGCGUAUUGGUAAAAAACGGCUCUAAGUACAAAACCUUUUUUUUUUUUUUUUGGAAAUUAAUAGAUUUUUCCAGAAGUUUUGUAAAUAAUCAUAUUUUUAGAUUUUUAUCUCUACUACCUUUUAGUUCAAAGCAAAAAAUUAAAAGUUUCUCUUCAUGCCAUUGAAAAUUAUCUGCUUAAAACAGUUUUUCGUUUAUAUCCACAUUAUUAUUUAGUCUUUAGAAUUUCAGUGAUAUUUUUGUUAAGUAUUUUUCUGUACCCUUUGUGCGCGCUUCAUCAAUUUGUUUGUUUUGUGAUAGAAACAAGUAGUCAUAUAGAAAUCGGCAAUGUAUGUAUAUGGCCCUUUCUAUCUAUUUUUUUUUUUUUUGAUUGUUUGUGAUAAUAACUUAGGAAGGUUGCCACCUAUAAGUCUGUUUUUGUAAAAAUCAUAGCGUGACUUUUCCAAAAUUAGAAUUAAUUUGGUGAACUUAGACUGAAGCAGAAAACGAAAUAAUAUGUAUGUGCAAAAGAUAAUUUAUACAGUCACAAGUUCAGUUUGAUUGAGAACCAAUAACCAGAUUCAAUCGAAAUUGCUCUGAGCUGAGGUUUUAUGUAACUCAUAAAGGUCUAAAAUAAAUAAUCCUGGUGGAAAAAAAAUAUUUCUAUAUGCCUAAAGUUAUCGCACAUUUUAAAUUAUAAGUUGCAAUCAUUAAAAAUAUAUAUUAAUUUUAAUAACUUUAGUUUUUACAAUCACUAUUUGACUUAAUAUAAAAAUAUUUUAUAAUCUU